GACUGUUGCUGCCGUUGCAUCAGCUAGACUUGGCUUGGCUAGGCUAGGCUAGGCCCUGUGUGGUGCCAGUGCUUACGACGAGGUGGACGGGAAGUUUUUCCUGCGCUCUACCUUUACCCCCGCUGCUCGUUUGCCAUUGUUAAAAAAACGAAAGUCAGUGAAAAAUUCCAGCAAACAGUUACAACUAACCAAAAAGUUGGAAUGAAUUUUAAAUCGACAGAUUGCUGAAAGAGUGAAUCUUCAAUCGCCAAGCUGAAGGAAAAUUAAAACAUAACAAAAGACAGAAAGAAUAGUAGGUCGUGAGAAAAUUUUGACCCAAGCGUGCAGAUUCGUGAUUGUUUUGCCAAGUGGAAAAUUUGCCGAUACCGGGCAGUUAAGCAGCGCCGAAUAGAAGAAACAGAGCUGGUGUCUGGUGUUUUUUUGCUCUGUCCCAAAGAACGGUCAACCAGACAAAUGUCUGGCGUUUGGCAAGCAAGCAGAGCGUAAUUUCAUCAAACCUGAAUGCUGAAGAAGACAAGCGACGAACGUUUGCGGAAUAAACAAUACAAUCACAGCAUAGCAGCAUAGUGGCGGCAGUGUAUCGUCGUUUUGUACCGCUUCACAAAGCCUCCAGCUGUCAACAAGUUUCGAACAUUUAAUCUACUACUGUAGAGCCAGCAAAAGUAUGUGAACACAGCACUUGUAAUUCGCGAGCUGAUCAGCAAGCAAACAAGUUUUGGGUAAUUGAUCUAACAGAAGCAAAAAAAAACACCGACCCGAGCCAGACCGGAAGGUCUUGUAGUGAGUGACACUAAGUAAUAAACCUGUCAAACUAGGAAGUCCACCAACAAACAAAGGCGUGACCCGUUUUGAAUUAAUUACGGCAACGAAAUGCCAGCCUACACCACCGAGUUCGACAGGUAUGCGUCCUCGCGCAGGACGGCCGAAUCGAUCUACUAUUCGGCGAAGGAAUUCGACUCGGCUGACGAGUCGGAUUGUAUGCGGCCGUUGCCGCUGCCGUUGCCACAUUCCAGACGGCCCAGUCUGAUCGAUCCGCUCGGUCCGAGCGAUGCCAUCUUUAGUCGGCGUUACGUCGAUCCCUGGGAUAUGGAGAACUAUGUCUACAUUCGAAAACAAGUGCUGGAUCCCUCGCUCGAGUCCGAAGUAGCUCCGUCGCCAGCCGGCAUUCCGAUUCAGUCCAAAUUCUACUACGUCCCGGGAGAGAUAGAGAACUGCCGCGAGUGCACCGCCGAGAUGAUCACCACCGGAAAGGGUGGUGAGAUUAUCGAUGAUGAUGAUGAUGAUGAUUUGGUGGACGACGAUGACGACGACGGCGGCGACGUGGUAGACGAUGGCAUCGAUGACGAUCUGGAAGCCGACGAACUGGACGAGGACGAGGACGGAUUCUACACCGAGCGAUACGACACGGUGAUGGAGGAGGACAGCAUCGGUGGAGACGAUCGUGUUUACAGCUCGUACACUGAUCUGGAGACCUCUUCAACCGAACAUCCCAGCUCGUGCGACAGUUCGAUGUCCGCCCUGCGGCUGCACACUCCCGGCUUCGGCAAGACCGCCACAAACCGGCGACCGAUCGUACUACCCAAGCCGAUUCCGCAGCUCGAGUUUCCCGGCCCGCCAUCGUACGAUUACUAUGAGCCGAGCUGCUGCUACAUGCCGCUUCCGCCACCCAUUCCCGCACAUCACAUGCCGCUGCUGGAGGCCUCCACCAUGCCGCCCAGCUUGACCGGUGGCGGCAACUAUUACACGCUGAACGAUUGCUUCGAGUGUGCCCGCCAGGAGGCGGAACAUGUGCCACUAUACGCCACCAGCCGGCAGAGUCCGAUGCGUAGACGCUCGCGUAGCAUCAGCGUUGUCAGCAUGAGCAUGGCCAGACGACCGAGCCAGAUUGGUAUGCCGGCUCCCGUGAUGGCCGUAGGUACUCCGUCCCCGGUAAACGUAGAUCCAUCGACGGCAGUCUCGAUUGCAGCCACCAAUGCUAACGUAUGUUACACGCCGCAACAUUUCAGUCUUAGCAAGAAAGGGCUGCUUAAAAUUGAUUACUCGUGCAACUGGGACAACCUAGAUCGGUACAUUGCCAAAUGAGACCCGAGUCCCGGAGUACCUGUUAUUUCCGUUCUGUAAACCGUCUAUCACGUGAACCAUGCUCAAUUUAUUUAGUAAUAAAAUAAACAUGAGACAAGCACCGGCACGAAAAGUUAGAAUUAUAGGAGUGUAUUUAAGUUAAAGUGUACUAAUAUUGUUGAAGAAGUGCUUUGUAAAUAAUAAAGAUGCAAAAGGAUCUAAUAAAGUUGA